CGCGUAAAACCAGAAAAAUAGUCAACAAUGGCAGAUGGCGAGAGAGAACGGAUCUUGGCUGAUUUUCAGGCUUGUUCAAAUUUAGAAGAUGUGGAAACUUGUAUAGCUAUUUUAGAUCAGAAUGAAUGGAAUUUAAUGAGAGCCUUGGGAAAUGUAAUGCCUGGAACAGAAGGACAACAUUCACCAGUUUUCCAGGAUAUAGAACCAGGAGAUCCAUCGCCUAUGGACAUAUCAAAUAGUUUCCAUCCAGGUGUAUUCCCUGAGCCUAUACCUAUUGACAAUAAUGUGGCUGAUUCUUUCGCAGCCUUUGAUCCAGGGUCAGCAUCUGGUCCUUCAAAUUUUGAUAUUGGGCCUUCAACUAGUUUUGGUACUAGACGGGCAGGACAGAAAACAAGAAUGUUACAUUUCACUAUAGAAUACAGAGAAAAGAACAUUGAAGUGUCUUUAAAUGACUCAGAAACUGUUGGUAAAAUAAAGGAAGUCAUACAUUCAAGGUUGGGUGUUCCUCCAGAACAUCAGGAAUUAAAAGGCUGGAAGAGAAUGAAAGCUGACGAUUCAAAAAUUCUACGAGAUUUGCAUUUGCCACAGGAAAAUACUCUGUUUUUACUAACACCACAUUUAGACAACAAAAAGAUUGUGAAAACGAACAGUGAAGAACUUGAGGGAAGCUUUACAGAAUCCUUGAAUAGAACAUACAAACUUGUAAUAAACUUUACAGAUAAUGGCACUUCCAAAGAAUUUAAUUUAAAUGUCCCAGGAAUCAAAACUGUUGGAGAGAUUAAAGGAGAUGUGUAUGCUAUAACCAAUGUACCAGCCAGACAUCAGAUAUGGUCUGGUUGGCCUCCUGUUGCUGAUGAUGAUACUAUGACUAUAGGAUGUGCUGGAUUAUCGAUCCCAGAACACAAAUUAACUCUCACUAAAUCAAAUAUAACACACAGACCACAAGCCAAAAAGACUGUUGAGGAUGUUAUAGCAGAUAUAAGUGAUGAAGAAGAAGAUUAUCAAAGUUGUUCCUUUCAUACAGAACCUGAUGAUGAUAUGUUUGAAUCAGAAGAUUCAAUGACACGAAAAAUGACAGCGUUAAUACCUGAAACUGUCAAAGACGAAACAGAAGCUUUAGAACAUUUUACUAGAGAAUUUCGUGAAAGAUAUGGAGAAAAUCAUCCAGUAUUUUUUGUUGGAACCCUAGAAAAUGCAUUAAAAGAAGCUUUACAAGGGAGAGCAAAAGAUAGAAAAUUAUUAGCCAUAUAUCUACAUCAUGACAACAGUAUUUUAUCUAAUGUGUUCUGCUCACAAGUGUUGUGUAGUGACAGUAUUGUUAAUUAUCUCAGUAAUAAUUUUGUUACGUGGGCCUGGGAUCUCUCGUUAGAAACAAAUAAUGCAAGACUAAUAACCUUAGCAAAAAGACACUUUGGUAGUAUUGCAUCAACACAGAUUCGCAACUACAGACCUGAUCAACUUCCUGUCUUAUAUAUAAUCUCAAGGUCAAGGUCGUCCAAUGAAGUAGUUGAUGUCAUACAUGGUUCACAGACAUUAGAUGAAUUAAUGACUAGGUUGAUACAUGUAGUAGAGGUAUUUAAUCAACAGCUAACAGGGGAGAUAGAGGAUGAGUCAGAAAGAGAUGCAAGAGAAAUGAUUAGGAAAGAACAAGAAACAGCUUUCCAGGAGUCAUUAGCUGCAGAUAAAGCUAAAGCAGAAGCAUUAAAACUUGAAAGAGAAGAGGAGAUGAAAAAACAGGCUGAAGAACAACGACAAAAAAUAGAGGAAGAACAGAAACAAGAAGCUCUUAAAUUAUCAGCAGAAAUUGCAAUGCCAGACGAACCAAGCCAAGACUGUAAAGAUCCCAUUACAGUGUUACGGAUACGAACACCAGACGGAGAGACGCUAUCUCGGAGAUUCAGAGCUGAGGAACCAUUGAAGCACCUUAUUUAUUAUGUUACGUCAAAAGGCUUUCAUACAGAGGGAUAUAAACUGUUAACCACUUUCCCAAGGAAAGAUAUUUCACAAGAAGAUGAUAAAAGGACAUUACAAGAUUUAAAACUUUAUCCUCAGGAGACAUUAAUGGUAGAAGAAAGAUAAAGGAGCAUGUUAACCCCCAUUCUGUGUCUGUGAUAACCUUAUGUUCAUUAUUUAUUUGUCCUUCUGUUAUAAAAUAGCAGCAGGGCGUGUCCCAUCAACAUACCAUACGUUAAUGAUAUCUCAAUCUUUCCUGUUAUUGACAUUUUAGCUUAAAAAAGAUUUGCUGGGCUGGUACAAAUCUUCUUAUACAAGAAUUGUUGAAACGAAAUGAAAUGAGUUUUUGUUGUGUACGUGGAACAAGAAAACCAUAAAAUUAAGCUAUCAACAAAAGGACAUUUAUAAUUUAUUUGUGUUGCGCAAAGUUUGAAAAUUCAAAACAUGGGAAAUUGGCAUUCUAAAAUUGAAGUACAUUCUCACUUAUUUAUGUUAUUUAACUUGAAAAAGCUGAAGUUCCAGGUCAGACACAUAUGAAACCAGCAGUGUAUUGUUAGAGUAUCGUGUUACAUUUUUUAUGAAUUAUAAAUAACUAAUUGAAUGAACCUUCUUUGAGAAAAGGGAAAUCAUUUUGACUGUUGUAAGUGGUAGCUUAUUAAUUUAAAGAUUGAAAAAUAAAGUUGAUUUAAGUAUAA